UAUAUCUACACUAUUAAAUUAUUGUAUUUUAUUCCCCCAUUUUUAUUGACCUAUUUAAAAAAUUUAAUUUUAUGAAGAUCUAAACAAAAUCAUAUGUCGAACAAUAUUCAUCCUAUGAUUUGGUAAAUAAAUAAUAGGUAAAUUUUGUGAUCAAAUAGUUAUUAGAUCACAAAGUCCAUUUAUCAGAAAAAAAUAUAUCUAAUUUGUGGAUUCAAAUUAUGUACCUUUAAUUUAUGUCAUUUAAAAAUAUGUUUAGACUAUUACUAUGUCAUGUUUUCUAUUUUGUUUCUAUGAAUUUGCUUACACUUUUAUAUUUAUGUAUGCGUACAAUAUUAUGUAAUAACAAUUUCCUAAUGUAAUAAUUAAAUCUAAAUUAAAUUUAAUGAAAAUAUAUUAUUCACUAAUAUAAUUUUAUUACAUAUAAAAAUUUUUAAAAUAAAUUUCCACAACAAAAUAGGAUCAACAAUAUUAUUAUUAUUACUUCAAAUGAUAUAAUAUGUUAUUCAUAGUCCAUCGAAGCGCUUUUAAGUCCGUAUGCAAAUGUGAUUCUCUUCAUUUUAUAACUUUUUUACUCAUGAACUAUGUUCGUCCAUUACCACCAAUUGAUGUCAAUCAUUAUCGACUGUAUAAAAAAGUUCAAGAACCAUUUAAUCGACUGUAUCAAAAAGUUCAAGAACCAUAUCUAUUAAGCAAAUGCUCUCCGAGCAAAUCUAUACUAUUAAAUAGUUAAAGGUAUAGAAGUGGGGGGUUAUGUGUCAUGUCAUAUAGGUAAUGUGCAAAAACAUUCAAAGUUGACCCGCUUCAUUUGUUAUUAUAAUAAUCUAACUUUUGACCUGUCGAUUUCAUCAAUUAAAUUAACUCUUAAGGAGAAAAGCCAACAUUUGCUUUUAGAUUUGUUUUAAUUAAAAACUCAGAGGGGUGGGUGGGGGACAGUUUAAAGAGAAGUAACAAACAUUUAUAUAUAUUUAUUUCCAAACUGAAAUGAUAACUUAAGAAAACAACGAUCUCAAGAUCAUCAACAAUAUAAAAUCAGAAAAUGUAAAAACCUUGUUUUGACAUAUAUAGCAUCAUUUAAAAAAAACCCUUAAAAAUCUAAAAGCCUUGUUUUGACAUAUAUAGCAUCAUUUUGCAAACACUAACUAAUAAUAAUGAAACUGUUUCCAAAAAGAAAAAACUAAUAAUAAUGAAACUAGCACUUUGUGGUGUGAAGCGAAAACAUUACAAAACAUCUUUAAUCGGGUACACGCAUAGGUUUUUAGUGUUUUCUUUACCCAAAAUGUUUCACACAAGAAAAUAUUAGUUCGUUUUGAAAAUAAAUAUAAUUGAGUUCUAGUUGCAAUAUUUCGUAUAUUUUACCCCCAUAUUAUUUCUUGUUUUAUUUAAUCACGGAAUAUAUAUUUUGAAACUUUUAAUCACGGAAUAUUUGUUAUUGUAAUUAAUUAAGUACCGGAAAAUUAGCAUACUAAAUAAUAGAACUCUUCUAUGUUCUAUAUAUAUAAAAUGUUGGUGUUGCUCUCUGAGCUGUGAUAGUUGAUAGCUCCAGAGAAGAAUAGACAAAAAAAUCCUUACUCAAGCAGUCCACAACUCCAAAAUUUAGAUAAAACAUAAAAAAAUUAGGUUACUGUUUAUAAAUACACACAGUACAAAAUUGACCUUACAUUGUAGUAAUAAUAUUAAAUGAUUUUCAAAUGAUAAAAAAAUACGAGGAUCCUGAGGGGAGUUGUCACUAUUAUCAAGAAAACAACUUAAGGGUAUAUAUAUUAACCUAACACCCGAAGCUUUAACAUAGAUCCAGCAAAAUACUCGAACAACAAAACAAAAGUUAAAAAGACAUGAAACAACAACAUUACUUGGUCGUCGUCUUCUUUGUCCUUUUCAGCUUUCUCCUGUUUGUGAAUCUGAGUGAAGGAAGAUCAGGAGGAGUUGCAGAAGAAUAUUGGAAGAAGAUGAUGAAGGAUGAGCCAUUACCUGAACCAAUCAAAGAUCUUCUCAACAAUCCAUUUAGGACAGGACAAGAGAGGUUCGUCAAAGAUUUUAACACCAAGUCUAUCGUCAUCAUCUACCACAAUCCUAAUGUAUAAUCAAUUAAAAUCAUAUAAUUUGGCUCUGCGUUUAUGUAUGCAUCAGUUUACACAUGCACCAUAUAAGUGUGUAUUAAUUAAGCAAAUAACACAUGCUUGAGUUGUUGUAGACUUAUACAGUUAUAUAUACUUACUAUAGUUUAUAGUGAAGAAAUGUUAACCCUAUGCUUCAGACGUUGUUUGUUUGAUAUAUCAAAAACCAAUCUACUGUUUGUAUUUUUUCUCUCUUUUUCCUAUAUUUUGUGAAGUUUGUGUAAUUAAUAUUCUUCUAACAUUGAAGUUUAUUUAA